CUCACAAUUGAACAAUGUGCGGCUCAAGUGGGCUUAUUUUAUUUAGCGGGAUUCGAUACCACCGCUUCAGCUGUAGCUUAUACGCUGUUUGAGUUGUCACGAAAGCCAGAGCUUCAAAAGAGACUGCAAGAUGAAAUCGAUAGCGUGUUGGCCAAACACGACAACGCCAUCACGUAUGAAAGCAUCAACGAUAUGCCACUUUUGGAGAUGUGUGUUAAAGAAUCCGUUCGAAAGUAUCCGACGCUGCCAUUCUUGAACCGAAUCUGUACCAAGGAGUAUCGAAUUGAUAACUUGGGCCUAACAGUACCCGAAGGAACACCAAUCGCCAUUUCGUUGCUUGGUCUGAUGAGAGAUCCCGAAUACUUCCCCGAUCCGGAGAACUAUUGGCCCGAUCGUUUUUCAACAGAGAACCCCUCGUACAAUCCAGAUGCAUUCAUUCCAUUUGGCGAAGGCCCUCGAGCUUGUAUUGGUUUACGUAUGGGAAAAAUUACGACCAAAACAGCGAUUGUUUCAAUAUUGAGAAGCUACAAUUUUGAAUGUGAAAAUGAUCGUGAACUUGUCGUGGCCAAUCAUGCACUCACACUGGACAUUGAAGGUGGAAUCAAUGUGAAGAUAACAAAUCGACGAAAAUAAUGGAGCAAAAAAACAAAAA